UAGGUCUUUUCCAGCCUUAAUGAUUUUAUAAGGCAGCUUUCUUUGAAAAAUGGAGCAUAUUUUAAAAUUAUCCUCCCUGCUGACCUUCCUGAAAUUCUGUCCCAGCUCUGCUGGGUUUUUUUCUGAUUCCAUCAUUAAAUAAAUAUAGAUUCUACACACAAAAGCAGUUUCCAGGAUGCUGUUGGACUGCAAGGCUUUUCCCCCCUCCAAGAUGCAAACUUGGCUUAAGGAAAGUGUAGGAAGCUUUAAGCAAUUGUGGAGCCUUAUUUGUCCCACACAGGUGCCCUCUGUUCCUGCAGCUCUGUAUUUAGCCCAACAAACUGGGUGAUUUGCUUGUUUCACCAAAUGAAAACUGAUUUCCAGUGAUGUUUGUGUUGUGUUCUUUGUGUGGGCACUGCAGACAUCCAGGGAAGCCCCCUGUGUGAUGGAGCUGUUUCAGGAUGGGGAUUUUUAUGGUAUGUGGGUCUGUUCUAACAGCAGUGAAGAUUAUUUUUUUUCCCCUCCAAGAGUGGUUUAUGAGGGACUGGGAGCCAAAACACAUCAAGAGCUGGGAGUAAAACGUGAGUUGUGCCAUUGGUCUGAGGGCACACGAGGCAUUUCCUCAACGAAGCAUCCACAGGAGGAGCCCCUAUUUGGGCUCGUGGCACCAAAAAGCACCACUCUGCAGUGGGAUCUCCCAGCUGGAAGCUGAUGGACCAGGGAGGGAAACCAGCCUGAGGUGGAACAUUUGCUCCUCCCUUUGCAUCCUCCCCCACGAGCUCUGGUGCUUCAAACAGCGCUUCCAACCGCUGACCCACCAGAGCAGGAGCAGCUGCGGCUUCCAGGGCCAUGGAGAGCCAGGGGUGCAGAGCUGCAGCUGUCCUGGCUGGCUCCUGGCUCUCCUGCAUGGUGGGAGCCCUGGAGGACGUGGGGCUGGAGAACGUCAGCUGGGCUGCCGAGGACGCGCCGGGCAACGAAUCCUCGGAGCACGCCUUCUUCUCUCUGGAUUAUCAGCACGUCCAGGUGCCCUUUGAAAUCACCCUCUGGAUCAUGCUGGCAUCCCUGGCCAAAAUAGGGUUCCAUCUCUACAACAAGCUGCCCUCCGUCGUUCCCGAGAGCUGUUUGCUGAUCUUUGUGGGGCUCAUCAUGGGGGGAAUCAUCUAUGGGUUAAACGACAGAUCCCCACCAGUGAUGGACAGCGACAUCUUUUUCCUCUACCUCCUGCCCCCCAUCGUGCUGGACGCCGGCUACUUCAUGCCCAGCCGCCCCUUUUUCGAGAACAUCGGCACCAUCCUGCUCUACGCCGUGGUGGGCACCAUCUGGAACGUGUUUGGGAUCGGCUUUUCCCUGUAUGGCAUCUGCCAGGUGAAAUCCUUCCGGCUGCAGGACGUGUCCCUGCUGCACAACCUCCUGUUCGGCAGCCUCAUCGCCGCCGUGGACCCCGUGGCCGUGCUGGCUGUCUUUGAGGAGAUCCACGUCAACGAGAAGCUGCACAUCCUGGUUUUUGGGGAAUCGCUCCUCAAUGAUGCCGUGACCGUGGUGCUCUACAAACUCUUUCGCUCUUUCUGUGAAAUGCCCACCAUCAAAAGCGUGGAUGUUUUUGCUGGAAUUGGAAAAUUCUUCGUGGUUGGGCUGGGAGGAGUUUUAGUGGGGCUGAGUUUUGGGUUCACUGCUGCCUUCACCACGCGUUUCACCAAGGACAUCCGUGUCAUCGAGCCCCUCUUUGUGUUCCUGUACAGCUACCUGUCCUACCUCACUGCAGAGAUGUUCCACCUCUCCGGCAUCGUGGCCAUCAUUUCCUGUGCCAUGGGCAUGAAGCGUUACGUGGAGGCCAACAUCUCCCUCAAGUCCCACACCACAGUCAAGUACUUCAUGAAGAUGUGGAGCAGUGUGAGCGACACCCUCAUCUUCAUCUUCCUCGGAGUUUCCACCAUUGGAGAAAACCACGAGUGGAACUGGCCCUACAUUUGCUUCACGGUCAUUUUCUGCCUCGUUUGGAGGGCUCUCGGGGUUCUUGUGCUGACUUUCUUUGUGAACAGAUUUCACGUGAACACCAUCACCAGUAAGGACCAGUUCAUCAUUGCCUACGGGGGGCUCCGAGGGGCCAUUUGCUUCUCGCUGGUUUUCCUGCUGCCCGACUUCCACAGGAAAAAGCUCUUCAUUGCAGCAACAACUGUUGUCAUCCUCUUCACCGUGUUCGUGCAGGGAAUGACCAUUCGCCCCCUCGUUGACCUGUUGGCUGUCAAGAGGAAAAGGGAGAGUGCUCCCACUGUGGGCGAGCAGAUCCACAUCAGGUUCCUGGAUCACUUGCUGGCUGGCAUUGAAGAUAUAUCUGGACACUGGGGACAGUAUUACUGGAAAGACAAGCUGGAGUAUUUCAACAGCAAAUACCUGCAGAAGAUCCUGCUCAGGGAGUACGACCAGCCCAAGUCCAGCAUCGUGCUGCUCUACGAGAAGCUGGAGCGCAAGCACGCCAUGGAGCUGGCCCAGGCUGGGCAGCUGGGCCACGGCCUGGCCCACCCCUCCUUCCUCAGCAGCGACAGGACUGUCAUAACAGACCAAAAACUGGAGGACACUCCAAAUCCUGAUGUCCUGGACAACAUGCAGGAAAUAUUGGCCAGGAACCUGUAUCGGAUCAGGAGGACGGGCCCGGCGUACAACAGGCACACCCUGCCCGGGGACAGCGAGCCCGCGGAGCGCGCCAAGGAGCUCCUGAUCCUGCGGCACAAGAACCUGCUGGUGGAGCUGGGCGGGAGCGACACCUGCAGCAGCUCCAGGAAGGAGUCGCAGAAGGAGGACUCGUGCUCGGCGCAGGGCGAGCCCAGCCCGCAGCCCAAGCUCUGCCGCUCCCUCACCGUGGGGAACACGGAGAAGGUCCGGGAGGGGAAGGAGAGCCGGUCCAAGUCCGUGUGUGCCAUCCCACCGCGCCAGCCCGGCACGGGGCUGAAGGAGCUGACUCUGGAGAUGUACAAACACAAGGGAUGCUCUGGCUCCCCAUGAGGGCUCUGACUCCUUCAGGGAGGGCUGCUGGAUGUGUAGAUAAUGUAAAUAAGAUGCACAUUGGAAAGGACAGCGUGGACAGGGUGGAAUAUCCAGAGUGGUUUGCAUGGAAAGUCACUCUUAUUGCCCAGUGUUGGGUUUUCUGUGGGAACUGAGGAAAAAGAUGCCCAGCAAUGCCAGGGGACAUUUCUAAGGAAUUUCUAGGAAAAAUUAGCCUGUUCAGUCCAGAAAAAUUUCUGAAACUGCCUACUACUGCAAGAAGGAUGUUUUAAUAAGGUGAGAUAUGGGAUCUUCUCAUUAGUUUUCAGGGGUAGGCUAAACAGCAGGGAGCAUUUGGAUUAUAGGCUGGGAAAAACUUGAUAAUCUCAAAGGUUUUAUUAGGGGUGGAGGAAAGAACAGAAACAGCAACAGAUUUCUACUUCUCCUCAGGAAUUGAUGGACCCUGAGUGUAAACAUUAAUCUCAUGAAGUCCAAAGUCAAAUGACAUGGUUCAGUAAGGGGCUGUGUCUUACCUGAGGGAUUGUCCCACACCCAGCCACAAUUCUG